AUGAAAGACAUAUCGGAAUAAUGCAUUAAGCUAGUGGAGGAGCUAGAAAUCUAAUUUUCAAAAGUGGAAUAAUUUUUCAAACAAUUUAAAUCUGAAAUUCUAUCGAAGUAUUCAAUAUUGGAGAGUAAACUGCUAAAUUUAAAUUAAAAUCAAAUUAGUAAUACUUUAAGCAAUUUUGUUAAAUUUAAUGAGGAAAAAAAGGAACUAGCAAAUGAUUUCAUAAGAAUUACUGAUAAUUUUAUAGAAAGUUUAAGAGAAAGCAGUAAAAAGUUUGAAAUAAGUCAGGUUGAUGAUUUCUAAACUUUUGAAGAUGAAGUUCAUGACAAUUCAAAACCAUUCUCAUACGUUUUAAUGUAAGAAAAUAGAAAACACUCAUCAAUAAGGUGCUGCUCGUUUGCAUUCAAUAAUGAUUCAUCAAUUAUUGUGGCUGGAUUAGAGAGUGGUGCAAUUCAAAUAUUUGAAUUAGUAAAUGAAUUGAUGAAAGAAAAAUAGAUAUGCAAAAAUCAUAAGGAUGCAGUUUAUUGCCUAUAAUUUAUGACAAAAUCUAACCAAUUUGUCUCUGGAAGUGAAGAUGCAAGUCUUAUCAUUUGGUCGAUAAAUGAUUAACAAGAAUGGUUUAAUAGUACUAAGUUGAUAGGGCAUACUGGCAUAAUGAUGUGUUUAAUAUUAGAUAAUAGUGAAAAUGUGAUAUUCUCAGGGAACAGCGAUCGUUCAAUUAAAAUCUGGGAUAAGUAGUGUAAUUAUAACUGCACCCAAACUUUAAAUGAAAUAUCAGGAGAUAUAUUAUCAUUAAGUUUGAAUUCAGGAUAAGAUAUGUUAAUUUCUUGUAUUGAAAAAUCAGAUUAGAUAAUUGUGUAUUAAAGAUCUGAUAACUUAUGGAAGUUUUACUAGAAGAUAUCAGUAUAACUUUGGGGAUAUAGACUUUGUUUUGUAGGCAACAACAGAUUUGCAUUUUAACCUAAUGCGUCUAACAUCAUGGAAAUUUAUGAAUUAAAUCAAAUAACUAAACAAUUUACUUAAAUAAAUAAAGUUCCAGUAGAAUCAGAUAGUAAAUGUGAUGCGUUAUUCCCUUAGCAAUUUGUGAAAUAAAAAUCUAUUUUAGUGAACAAGAAUGGAUGUUUUGUAAAUUUAUUCAGAAUUAUGCCAAAUAAAACAAUUUAAAGUUAGGAAUCAAUAAAAUUCUGUAGUGAAUAGAUAUAUGGAGCAUUAGAUAAAAAAGGUGAAUAUUUAAUUACAUGGGAUGAGUACUCUUAAUAAGUAUAAUUAAGAAAAUACAAAGAGUAAUAGAUAAUUAUUUGA